AUGGCGCCGUUAAUUCCCGAGACGAAAAACGCCGAUGCCUUCGACAACGCAAAAGAGUCCGCGAAAGCGACGGCCAGGCGCGCCUUAUUUCACCCUCUCGACGAGCUCGACGCUGCAGAGAUCGCCUCCAUUUCUCUCGCCGUGCGGGAGUAUAGUAUCCAGCAGAACGUCAAAUCAUUCAAGUUCAUAAGCUCUGGCAUCAUUCAUCCGCCCAAAAGGGACGUUUUAGCAUGGUUAGGCAUACCUACCGCUCCAGGCAAAGAACCCGCUGCGCCUCGGCCAGCUUCCAUCCUUAGGAGAGCUGAAACGGAUUUCAUUGACGUGGUCACUGGUUGCGUGUACAAUGCGACAUUGACUCUUGCCCCUAAUGGAACGUGGGUUGUCGAUGGAAUUACGAAGCUCCCCGAGGGCACUCAGCCACAGAUUUCUGCCGAAGAGUUACUUGAGAGCGAGGUGAAGAUUCGGGCCGAUCCCGAAGUUCAGAGGCUUGCUGCUGAAGUUGGUAUCAAGCCCGAAGAAAUAUAUGCGGACGGAUGGGCUAUCGGAUACGACGAACGCUUCCCAAAUACCACUCGUCUUCAACAAUGCCUACUCUUUGCUCGCUUCAAACCCGAUUCGAAUCUUUAUGCUCAUCCCUUGGAUUUCUUCCCUGUCCUCAAUGAUACGACUGGGAAGGUGAUUCACAUCGAUUUCGCUCCCCAUCGUUCAAAGGAAACUGGCGAGCUUUCUUCGGAUACCACCGCUCCUCCGCCCCUCGAUGCUCCCAAUUAUGGUCUUAGCCGUGAACGAAUCCCUCCUCCCCUUACCCCAUAUGAAUAUUUGCCCGAACUAGUAUUGUCGGAGGAAAGCAAGCGUUCAAAGGAAGCAAGGGAAUCGCUGAAAACCCUCAGGAUCGAGCAGCCUGAUGGGGUCAGCUUCAAGAUGAUCGGGAACCAGAUUGAAUGGCAGAAGUGGAAGUUGCAUGUCGCCUUCAAUGGCAGGGAGGGUCUUAUCAUCUCUACUGUCACCUACAAUGAUGACGGUGAAGUAAGGCCUAUCAUUUACAGGAUGUCCAUUGCGGAAAUGGUCGUUCCCUAUGCUGCCCCUGAGCAUCCCCACCCCAGGAAGUUCGCCUUUGAUGUUGGCGAGUACGGUAUGGGAGCCAUGGCGAAUGAUCUGACCCUUGGAUGUGAUUGCCUUGGGACUAUUCAUUACCUCCCUGGUGCAUUCGUUGGCCACAGCGGAGAGCCUAUCAAGCUUAAACGUGCCAUUUGUAUUCAUGAAGAAGACGCAGGUUUGCUUUGGAAACAUACUGACUAUCGCAAGAAUGGACGAUCGAUGUCUGUCCGCAGUCGUAAACUUACGGUCUCGAUGAUAGCCACGGUCGCAAACUACGAGUACUGUUUCUACUACAAUUUUUAUCAAGAUGGAACGAUCGAGCUUGAGACCCGCUUGACAGGCGUCCUGAACGUCUAUGUGACUGGGAAGGACGAGCCUUCGCCGCACGGCUCUAUCGUUGCCCCUCAGAUUCAAGCUCAAUAUCAUCAGCAUAUAUUCUCCCUCAGACUCGAUCCAAUGAUCGAUGGUUUGGAUAACUCCGUCCUCGAGAGCAACCUUCACCAGCUCGACGCCCCCACGGGUUCUACAGAGAAUUACGCAGGCAACGGAUGGUAUCAGAAGACGUCGGUCGUUCAAACCCCUGAUAAUGCGCGUGACUAUGAAUUCGAAACGGAUCGCCGGUGGACGAUCGUUAAUCCGUCUAGAAAGCACUAUGCUAGCGGAAUGCCGGCUGGAUAUACUAUUGGUGCGAAGGGCGGUGCCAUCAGGAUGUUGGCUAAGCCCGAUUCGUGGGUGGCGAAGCGAUCAGGUUUUGCAGGGAAGAGUCUCUGGGUAGUAAGGGAUGAGGAAGGAAAGAGGUUAUUCCCUUCGGGGAAGUAUGUCCCUCAAACUGUCAAAGCUCCUUUAGAUUCCAUUGGAGAAUGGGCCAAAGAUGGGCAGAGUGUGGAUAACGAAGAUAUCUUGCUAUUUUUAACAUUUGGUAAACCUGAAGAUUGGCCCGUUAUGCCGGUUGAGCACCUCCGUCUCACUCUCAAGCCAGUCAAUUUCUUCAAAUGGUCCCCGGCUAUCGAUGUCCGCCCUGAAAACGAUAAUCACAGCAAGUUGGCCUUCCAGAAUGGCGCCACAGAGAAUGGUACGAAUGGUACAUCGAAUGGCCAAGACCACUUGGCAGUUGAAUCAUGUUGCAGCGCAUGA